AUGAAAAGGCUAAAACGACGGUUGAGCGCCGCUUUUCGUGGGAACAACAACAGCAACAACAAUAAUAUAAGUGUCUUUGAAUCGGAGUGCGGUUAGUUUUUAGCAUAUAUUCAUAACUAACCUCAAUUUUCUAAGAGCUCUCUUAAAGAAAAAAAAAUCGAAUAUUUCUGAUCGUUCAAGGUUGUAUGUAGCUCAAGAGUAUAGUCAUUUCAAAUGACUUGACUAGCUAUUUGAAGAUUAAAAAUCAUAAAAAUUUUAAAUUCAUCGGGAAACCUUUAAAAAAAAAAAGAAAAAAAAGACAAAGUAGCUUACGUAGUCAAUUUUUCCCGACUUGUUAAAUACGGGGUUUGAAGGGAAAGCAGUACCUUGUAAAGUUUUUUUGUUGCAGAUCGAACGGUCUUCUCAAAAAAAAAACGCAGAAAAUUUGAAGAAAAACGCAACUUUAUUUUUCCGCAUUUUAUUUUUAAAAAAACUUUGGAUCGGUGUGCAGAAAACUGAUUACAGUAGACUUCAGAUUACAGUAGUUCAUCAUCUGAUACUGUUCAGAUAGUGGUCGAGGUAGUGUAUUGAUGAGCUACGGGAUGUACACGACGGCCGGCAUCAUCGGAAACGGCGUAGGCGGCAGGACGUGGAGUCUUUCCGACUCGAUGAGUCACCUUGCUGAUAGGUUUCUUUUGAAAACAUGAACAUAUUUUAACGUUAGACUCGAAUAUUUCAUUGAAAUUCAUGUAAAACGUGUAGAAUAUUUUAAUUGCCAAUGGCCGGUUUACUAUUAAAAGUUUCUCGGACAUUUUUAGAGGCUGUACCAUUUUCAGGCAGGUCCUGGGAGAAAGUUGCAAAGGUAACCAGCAAGAGGUUUGAAAGGGAAUGAAAGCUAGAAGAUCUUAAGAAGGCCUUUGGAAGGUGUUCAAAAAAUAGCUGGAAGGUAAAAAAAAAUUAAUUUUUCGAGUCGUUAGCCUUCCAGCAGGCUUUUACAAGACAAGUAGAAGGUGUUGAGAAGCUAUAUUAGGAAGCAAUAAUAGGAUUUGCCUUUGAAACCAUACAAAGUAAUUUUUUUUUUGGAAGAAAGAAAUUCGCAGAAAGAAAAAGAGUAAUAAGAUGAUUUGAACUUUAAGAACCUAAUUUUAUUUGUAUGCUUAAUGUACCUGAGCCUUUUGAAGGCUGGCUGCGGACGGCGUCAUCGUCGAGGAGUGCGAUCCGUCGGCGAUGCUGAGGGUGUCGCGUGGCGGAACCGCAGGUCGCCGUGGCUGUGACGUCGUUGGCGGCCGUCCUCCGCCCCCACGAACGCACAGCAUGUACAAUCCGCGGGUGUACCAUCAUCCUCAUCUUCCUCACAACAACCGCAACUCCUAUUACGGCUCUCAUGCUUGUACGUUUCUAUAUAUAACUUUUUUUUUCUAUUUUUUUUCAUUCCGAGAAGAGGGAAGAAAUUUCGCCCAGUAUCAUAUUUAUUUUUAAGAGUUGUAGUAAUAGAUGCAAUCGAGAUAUUUUUAUUUCUCGGCAGGUAGGCGGAGUCAGAAGUGUUAAAGUUAGGCGAAAAACCGGACCCAAGUAUAAACGUGGAAACUGCGUAAACAAAAGAAAAUGAUUGAAUUAUAUGUACUUUCUUUCGUUUGCGACCUAAUAAUCGUUGAAUAGACAAUUUUUUUCCAUUUAAGGUGAGAGGAUUAUGGACAGACGUCGCGAAGCAGUUUUUAUCUUGAAAUAUUCAGAUUUCAUUCAAAAUUAUAUAUUUACUUUUAACCCCGAAACAGUUUUGGAUUUUUUAAAUCCACGAAAAUAUUACACAAAUACACAACUUGAAAUCUAAAUGGAAAAUGAGAGGUGGAGCGGAGACGAAGACUUGAUCCUCAGGGAAUCCCACAUCUGUAUGAAGAUUUGGUGGGGCUAAUCCGAGCAUCUCCUGAUUUCUAUCGUCUUUUUUUGACGCGACUUGUUGUUGUGAAAUUGCUUUUUGGUGAGCUGUUAGAGCCGAUUUCGUGGUCCAAAGCCUCGAAACUACGAGUUUUGUAUAGAACAGCGGCCUUAAUUUUUGCGUUUCGAAAAUUUCGAAUUGAAAACAAACUUCUAUAAGUUCUUAUCAUAAAAUAGUGGAUUUGAAACCUCUCAGUUUCAACAUUAAAAUGUUUUUGAUCCAAAUAUCGAUAGAAAUUCGUAAAUUUUAGGAGUCCUUAUUUUAUAACCCUGAAUGACCCCUUCAACACUUUGAAAAAUCUGUUUUUCAAUAACAAAGAAAGGACCAGGGAUUAAAAGCUUUCUUUUUCUAUCGACUUCAUGACUCUCAACUUGUUGCGUUUCGAACUUUUUUUUUCAAUUCCUGUUGUCAUGUUUUACUAAAGCGUGAAAAGUAUGAACGCUCACUUUGAAAUCAUAUUUUGAGCGAUGGCUAAACGUGAUUGUUUUGAAAUGGAUUGGUCUUUUAACCGCUUUUUUUUUGGUUUUUCUACUCUGAGGAAGUUUUGUAUAAUUCUUCGAUAUUUUCUGUUUAUCUGCAAAUGAUGAUUUUGUUAAUUUGUAGUGGAUAAAAAAAUUAUAACUUUUGGAAGAUUUUUUUAGAACUAAGAUUAAUGACGUUUCUUUAAAUCUAUUUACUAUUUUUUUGAGUGAAAAAAUUCAAAGUCCCAAAUUUCAAGGAACUUCUAGAACAAGUGAAAAAAGUUCUAUCAGUCACUAAAGCACUCAUCAAAAUUUUUUGCGUCUUUGAACAAGAAAACUUAACUAAGCAUGAUGAUGGUGUUGGCGGGUAGUAAGUUCUCGACAUUUGUAAGAAUUUCUCUGACGAUAAAAAAAAAAGAUUGAGAGAACUCAGGAAGACCCCGUUGGUUUUUCAGAACCAUAAGUAUUCAGAUGCAAUCGACCUUAGGUAAACUUUUUUCGUAAUCAAAAACACGUCAGAAGAACUUUUUUAAACAUAAAUUUCAAACAAAGCAAGCUCGAAUAAACCUGAGUGCUUUUGUCUUUGAGAGUUAGGGACUUAGAUUUUAACCCUAAAGCCUUAAUUGCCGUAGCGAUGGCUGGGGCUAGUGGGACCAGUUUCUCGGCACGAGUAUCCAUUAACCUGUGCUAUUGGCCGCCUUCCCAAACGCCACACCCCGCCACCACAUGUACGCAUUGUGCUGGUCGGUCGCGGAACCGGACUGCCUCACACGGUCGGCCGCACGUUUCAAAGUCGUUUCUGGCAAAUGGACAACUUUUCUUCUCGAUCUAG